AUAAAACUGGAAGAGAAAAUGAACCACGAGAAUCCAACCUCUCUUCUGAGAUCAGUUAAAACAACAUCUUGUUGAAAGCAAAGCUCGCUUCCGGCUUAACCAAGAUGGCUGACCCUGUUAUCUCUCUUGUUGUUGAGAGAACUGGUGAUCUGCUGGUUCAAAAAUUUGUUUUCCUGAAAGGUGUUCGACGACAAGUUGAGAGACUCAAAAAUGAUCUGGUCCGGAUGCGGUGUUUCCUGGGAGAUGCUGGUCAGAGGCAACAUGAAGAUGAGAGGAUCCGCAACUGGGUUUCUGAAAUCAGAGCUGCGGCCUACGAUGCGGAGGAUGUCAUUGAAAUCUUCGCCAGCAAAGUUGAGCUCUUCACAAAGGACAAGGGACUCGUCACCAAAUUGACGUAUUAUCCCUUGAAAAUUGUGAACCUCUACAAGAUUGGUAAAGAAAUCGAAUCCUUACGGAUGAGGCUCAAGGAGAUUGCUGAUAGCCGCGUAGAGUACGGUAUCAAAAAUCUUGGAGAGGGGAUGACUACACAUGGAGAAGAGCUUCAACGGCUCCGGCGGUCUUCUCCUUUCAACGAGGACAGGGAUAUAGUGGGCUUCGAGGAGAAAACAAAAUCCCUGGUGGCAGAACUUUUGAAAGAGGACAAAAGCCGCCGUGUGGUUUCAAUCGUCGGUAUGGGAGGUGCUGGUAAGACAACUCUAGCCAAAAAGGUUUAUAACCAUGCUGAUGUCAAGGAGAGAUUCAACUGUCGUGCUUGGGUAUGUGUCUCUUCAAGCUAUGAUCACAAAAAGAUACUGAGAUCAAUCAUAAAGCAAUUAAAUCCAAAGGAUGACAAGCUAUAUGAAAUGUUGGAAAAGAUGGAAGAGGAAGAGUUGGAAGAAAGGCUCUAUCAAGAUCUACAAGACAAAUGUUAUCUUGUGGUACUUGAUGAUGUAUGGAAGGAAGUAGCGUGGGAUUGUCUAUCCAGGAGGGCAUUUCCUGAUGUUGGCACAUCAAGUAGAUUGCUGCUUACAAGUCGCAAUCGGGAAGUUGCCGUACACGCAGAUGCUCUUAGCAUCCCACAUGAGUUGAAAAGUUUGGGACAGGAAGACAGCUGGCAGUUGUUUCUCAAAGAGGCCUUAGGUCAUGGAGCUAAUGCUGGGUGGCCUCCGGAUUUGGAAGGAGUAGGCAGAGAGAUUGCAAGGAGAUGUGCCGGUCUGCCACUGGCCAUAACGGUUAUAGGUGGCCUGCUACUGCGCAAGAAAAAGUCGAAGACUGAAUGGGAGAAAGUUCUCAACAACUUUAGCGCAUACAUAUCAAGGAGCCAGAGUGAAGCAGGGGCAAUUAGUGAAGCAGGGGCAAUUCUGGAAUUAAGUUAUGCAGACCUUCCUGCCAAUCUGAAAUUUUGCUUUUUGUAUUUGGGUUUGUUUCCUGAGGACUCCGUGAUUUCUGUGCGCAAGUUGAUCCAUAUGUGGGUUGCAGAGGGAAUAAUGCAGAAAAGAGAUGCAAAAAAUUUGGAGGAAACUGCAGCAUAUGAUGAAGUGGAACGACUUUGUAGCAGAAAUAUGGUCCAAGUGGCGGAAAUGACUGUUGAUGAUAGGAUUAAAAGCUGUAGAGUCCAUGAUUUGCUGCGAGACCUUGCAAUCAGGAAGGCAGAGGAUGAAAAUUUUUUUCAGAUCCAUGACACCAGAGAUGAUGAAAUAUCAGCCAAAUCCAGGUACCUUGCUGUUCAUAGUCUCCCUCUGGAUAAAAAUUAUUUUGGGUCUUCGACCCCUCCUCUCCGGUCUCUGCUUUUUUUCAAUAUCCGGGAAAACAUUAGUCUUAUCUUCAAAAGUUUCAGAAAGCUUAGGAUACUAGACUUUGAGAAUGUUAGGAUGUACUCUAAUUUGCCAAAAGGAAUCGGUGAAGUCAGGCUUCUAAGGUACCUCAAUUUAAGAGGCACAGCCAUUAGAAGGCUCCCUCAUUCCGUCGGUUGCUUGCGAAACCUACAAACUCUUGACAUACGGAGAAACCUACAAACUCUUGACAUACGGAGCUUUGAUUGCUUGCGAAACCGGGAAGUGAAAGUUUCAAAUUUCAUUUGGAAGCUUGAAAGUUUACGGCAUCUAUAUGCGGAUGAGAUGGAAUGUGAUGUGCCUCUUAAGAUUGAAGGAUUGAGGAAUCUCCAGACUCUGUCAGGCAUACGCUUUGAGGACGUUAUGCACAAUAACAUGAUAACUUUGACAAGCCUUCAGAAACUGGGGAUUGUAGUGGAUGAAAGGUCAGAGACAGACAAACUCUGCAUGCAUUUAUCUGAGGUUGAAAGCCUAAAGACCUUACAUCUUUAUCAUAGUGGAGGAAGCGAGUGGCCAUCUCUAGCUGGACUUUCUAAGCUCCAUCAUGUAACAGAGCUUAAGCUAAUCACUGCGCCGUUUGCUUGGACAACGCUGCCUCCUGAUUUUCCUCCAAAUCUCUCUCGCUUGUCUUUGAAUCACACAUUACUUAGGAAUGACCCAAUGCCAGUACUGGAGAAGUUGGGACAGCUGUUGUUCCUCAAAAUGAACUUUGCAUAUGAGGGACCACAGCUAGUCAUUUCUAGGCAUGGGUUUCACCAAUUGAAAUUCCUUGAGCUCAGCCGCCUACUUGGUUUGCAUGAAAUAAAGGUGGAGGAAGGUGCAUUGCCACAGCUCCAGUGCCUGAGAAUCAGAUAGAUGUUGGGAGUGGCGCAAUGCCAGAACUCAGGUGCCUACGCAUCAGCUACUGCUACGUUUUAGAAAUGCUUCUUGAAG